UCAAUGCACAGAGAGCUGAAAGUGACGUGGCCUGUGUGCUGUGUACUGAAAUCGUGUGAACAAGGUGACAUCUCUAAAAUUUUAAUCAUGCAUAUGUUACGAAGGGACAAAAAGGACGAUGAAGAUGGUGGCUCAUGUAAUCCAUUUCAGGGAUUGGACAAGAGUUCAGUCUUGCAAGAGGCAAGAAACUUCAAUGAUACCCCAAUCAAUCCAAGAAGAAGCUGCCAUACUUUGACCAAAAUCAUGUAUGUGAUCAAUCAAGGAGAACACAUCGGAACUAAUGAGGCAACAGAGGCUUUCUUUGCCAUGACCAAACUUUUCCAAUCCAGUGAUGUGACCCUUCGACGUAUGGUGUACCUGUUGAUCAAAGAGAUGGCAGACAUUUCUGAAGAUGUGAUCAUCGUGACAAGCAGUCUCACCAAAGAUAUGACAGGCAAGGAAGAUGCUUACAGGGCUCCAGCCAUCAGAGCUCUGUGCAAGAUAACUGAUUCUACUAUGCUUCAAGCUAUUGAGCGUUACAUGAAGCAAGCAAUUGUUGACAAGGUUCAUGCUGUCUCCAGUGCUGCUCUUGCCUCAUCACUGCAUCUGAUGAAGGGUAGCCAUGAUGUAGUGAAGCGUUGGUUGAACGAAGCCACGGAAGCAGCUUCUAGCGAUAACAUCAUGGUACAAUACCAUGCGCUAGGCCUGCUGUAUCACAUCAAGAAGAAUGACCGCCUUGCUGUCUCUAAGAUGAUCACCAAGUACACCAAGCACUCGCUUAAAUCACCCUAUGCCACUUGUCUGUUGAUCCGCAUUGUCUCAAAACUUCUUAAUGAUGAAGAUGAUGGCCAUGACGGACCUUUGUUCGACUUCAUUGAGAGCUGUUUGCGCCACAAGAGCGAGAUGGUGAUAUACGAAUCUGCACAAGCCAUUGUGAACAUGAAGAACACGACCGCUAGGGAACUCGCCCCUGCUGUGUCAGUCCUACAACUGUUCUUAAGCUCGCCGAAGCCAACGCUGCGAUAUGCUGCCACUAGGACCUUAAACAAGGUUGCUAUGUCACACCCAGCCGCAGUGACAGCAUGUAAUCUGGACUUGGAGAACCUCAUCACCGAUAGCAACAGAAGUAUUGCUACCCUGGCUAUUACCACCUUACUCAAGACUGGUAGUGAGAGCAGUGUUGACCGUUUGAUGAAGCAAAUAUCAUCGUUCAUGUCCGAAAUUUCAGAUGAGUUCAAGAUCGUUGUUGUUGAGGCCAUCAAGUCGCUGUGCAUGAAAUUCCCCAAGAAACACAAGGUCAUGAUGAGCUUCCUGUCCUCCAUGCUUAGGGAUGAGGGUGGAUUUGACUACAAGAGAAGUAUUGUGGACACCAUCAUGUCCAUCGUGGAGGAAAAUGCUGAUGCCAAGGAGGAUGGCCUGGCACAUCUUUGUGAGUUCAUUGAGGAUUGCGAGCACACUUCGUUGGCGACACGUAUACUGCAUCUUCUAGGUCGUGAGGGGCCGCGUACCUCAUCGCCUUCCAAAUACAUCCGGUUCAUCUACAACAGGGUCAUUCUUGAGAAUGCAGCCAUUAGAGCUGCUGCUGUCACAUCUCUGGCUAAGUUUGGAGCUCACUGCGAAAGUUUGUUGCCAAGUGUUACAGUUCUAUUGGAAAGGUGUUUGUUGGAUGGUGAUGAUGAGGUACGAGACAGAGCCACGUUCUACUUGUCUGUUCUUAAAGAGCAACAGAAACAGCUCAAUUCAGCCUAUAUCUUAAAUGGACUGAAUGUGUCUGUAGCUGGACUGGAGAGGGCACUACACAAUUACACCAUAGAGCCAUCAGAGAAGCCAUUUGAUAUGAAGACAGUCCCACUGCAGGCAGUUCCACUUGUUGAACAGAAAAUACAAGAAAAAGUUGGUGUGUCUGCUGCUAAAGGACCAGAAAAGAGUGCUGCAUCAAGGCAAGAAAUUUUUGCUGAACAAUUGGCUGCUAUACCCGAGUUUGCUGGCUUGGGCCCGCUCUUCAAAUCCUCAUCGUCUCCCACUGAACUCACAGAAUCAGAAACAGAAUAUGUUGUCAACUGUAUCAAGCACACAUUUGCUGAACACAUUGUUUUCCAGUUUGAUUGUACAAACACAUUAAAUGAUCAGCAACUGGAGAAUGUUACUGUGGCAAUGGAACCAACAGAUGAUUAUGAAGUCAUUAGUCAUAUUGCUAUACCAUGCUUAAAAUACAACCAGCCAGGAACCACAUACACACUCGUCAAGAUACCAGAAGACCCAAUGUCAGUAUCCUGUACAUUUAGCAAUACAUUCAAAUUUAUUGUCAAAGAUUGUGACCCCAACACAGGCGAGCCAGAUGAAGAUGGAUAUGAAGACGAAUAUGUUCUGGAAGAUUUGGAAGUGAUGGUUUCAGAUUACAUGCAGAGGGUAAUGAAGCCCAACUUCGGAGCUUCUUGGGAUGAGGUCGGUGAUGAGAAUGAGGUCGAAGAGACAUACGCCCUUGCUUCAAAGACUCUUGCUGAUGCUGUGAAAAAUGUAGUAAGUUUCCUAGGCAUGCAGCCGUGUGAAAGAUCAGAUAAAGUAGCGGAAGGCAAAAGCUCUCAUUCCUUAUAUUUGGCGGGGGUGUAUCGUGGCGGCCACGAUGUCAUUGUCCGGGCUAGGCUUGCUUUACAAGACACGGUCACCAUGCAAAUUACAGUACGCAGUACAGAGCCAACAGUCAGCGAAGUUAUUGCAUCAUCAGUCGGUUAGAUUAGAAAGUAUCUUAAAUUUCACUAAGACUGUCCUGUAAUUCUUUAAUAUCAUUUUUUAAAUAGUAUAGUAAAUAAAAAACAGCCUGUAAUGUCAGGAACACUAGUUAGGCAUGAUAACAUGGUUUGAGGGAUCAUGUUUGUAAGUGUCAAAUUGUAACAGUUACUGCCUUAUCAUGCUAACUAUAUGUUGAAACUAUGGAGGAAAAAUAUAUUAACUUCAGUCUUAAUUAUUCUUUGCACCAUUUAUUAAUAACAAUUAUUUAAAUAUUCCAUAAAUUGUUAAGUAAAUUAUGCACUCCUCAGUUGUGUGUUUUUAUCCUCAUGUUACUAGUUGUACUUUGUGUUGCGCAUGCUUCAGAAUAGUAAAUGACCGAAAAAGUGAUGUGAUGUCUAUAACAUUUUUGGAGGGUUUAGUUCGUUGCGUAUUCAAGAGAUGUGCCAGUUGUGGAUUUAAGGGGAAAGCUGCCCCCCCCCCCUUCUGAAUUUUUCCAAAUUAAUUAAACAAUGGGAGGAAAAAAAGGGAAAAAAUAUAUUCAAAAUUGAAGUCUGAGUUUGCCAUUUCCAACAAUCUAGAAGUGCCAUAAUCAUAAAUUUUCUUACCUCUGCCCCAGCCAUUGUGGGGCUGAGAUGGUCAAAGUCCCUCCCUGGCCCCUCUGUUUCAAAUUCCUAGAUCAAGCAUGUGGGCUUUUUCCAGAACAGUGAUGUUUAUUCGACAGAGGUGCUUAUUCGGUCAUUUAUGGUACUGUCAAGAACAGAGAUAAGGUGAAAAAUAGCUUGUACUGAUAAGCAUCCCUGUCCUGCUAAUUGUUCAAGUGUUAUGACUUGUGCUAUAGAUUCUUGUAUAUAAGAUGAGUAUGACAACAUUCUUUAGACAAUUUUUAAGUCAUUUGUGUAAGAUGCUCAUGUGCUUUGUCUUCAUGCAUGGUGAUACCGCUUUGGGUCACACAUGCCAUCGUUUUGGGAUUCAAUAUUUUGACAUUUAUUAUGUCACCAUCAGGAAUGAAAAAGGUACCUCAUAAUGCUCUGAAAUGCCACUGUAAAAUGCUGUAUAAAGCCAGUAUUCCCCGAUGAGGGGUCUUGUGUUCCCCCGAACCCUGUUGGUGCCACCACUGCACCAACAUCAUUCUGCAAUCCCAAUAAUUCAUCAUGAUGUACCUGAACCAGGUUAGAAGCUAUAAAUUCCAUCAUCUAUUCUUCUUUUGUGCCCAAAGACUUUUAGUCAAUAAAUAGGCCUAUUCAGAAUUUAUCUUAAAGAGUCAUUCAUAUUUGUCAGCAUUUUCAAGAGACUGUACUGUUAUCUGUGACAAAGUUUUUGGUGCCAUUUUGGAAAAAUCACUUGCUGCUUGUGCAAUUUUUGGCUAAAAUUUACAUAUUCAUCUUUUCUAGACAUUAUGCUACAGAUAACAUCAGAAAAAGUUUUUUUGCAAUUGUUUUUUGGGUCAAAUGUAGGAUAGAACCGACUACCCCUACUGUUUCAGUGUUUGUUACUAAAAAUAGAUUGACCUUUAUAUAUUCAAGACGCACUCUCACACGUUCCAUAAAUCCAUCCACCAAAACUCCUUGACCAAUCAGAGUAGUUUCCAAUAGGACUGCCUCUAAUUUGGCGUACAAGCAAGGUUAACUGUAUUUAUAAGCUUUUUGAUAAGGAAUUUUAGUGUUUUUCCCCGCCUCAUGUCAAUAACGUGCCACGUACAAAACUCAUCUCUCUUUCUAUAGGUUUCACUAGAAUUUUCUAUAUUUGUUUAAUUAAACCUGCGAGUGCUAUUUCCGGCCACUCAGAGAGGCCAUAAUCAUAGAUUUUCUUACCUCAGCCCAACCAUGGUGGGGCUGAGGUGUUAUAGACCCUUGGUGAAUUCAAGGGGGGGGGGGGUCAAGCCGACCUGGGGCCCCAUAAAAGUUGGAGAGAAAACAAACAUAGUUACCAACCGUCUCGCAUCGUGCGGGAUGGUCCCGCACUUCAAAGUGAUUUUGGAUGAAACACGCAUUUUGCAGAAACACAUGCGUGAUCAUAAAUUUGUCACGCAUUUAGCACAGGUCUAUGGGUGAUAACGAAUUGUCCCAAAUUCAGGGGAAAAUCUAUUUAAAAUUAGAAGAAAUUAGUUUUAUUAAAAAUAUAAAAAUGAUCAUGCAGUUUAAACUUGAGUCAUUAGACAGUAUUUACGUCAAUACUUAAUUCACUGACAUGCUACUAAACAUUAAUCAGUAUGCCUAUUCAUUCUUUGUUUGUUUAAGUAAUGAAAUGUUUGUGUACAUAGUUAGGGUGCUCAAAUUAAACAUAAUGUAGGCCCUCCAUUGAAA